AUGGCAUCGAAAAAAGCAGCAUCGCCUCCACUGGAGCCAAUGGACCUUUUCCCAUUUCGGGGCCAGUACGGUGGCAGCGCAGCAGGCGCCGCUCUCUUCGUAGCCGUCCGUACAGCGGUGCCUGUACUCUUCUACUCACUCUUGGCGCCACCAAUCUCCGCUCUAUCAAUCUUCUCAAGGUUUCCCUCGGCUUAUCCAUCUCGACCUCCUCCAACCGAUCCCCUGGCCAUCCCGUUUUUCCCGGAUUUCCUGCUGCGUUGGAUCGAGCAAUCUCUCGGCUUGCCGUCGUACUCUGCGAUGGUAUUUCUGGGUGUGGCUCUCCCGUCGGUCACGUUCAUCAUGUACAAUACCGUGUGGAGGCGCGAGAAGUUUCCAAUGAGCGGACAAGGUGGAUCGAUCCAGGUUACCACGCAAGUAAACCUUUUCGACAGCAUUCAUGCCCCUCUCUUUGUGUACUUAGCAUCUCGCAAUCCCACCUGGUCACCGACAAUUUUCGAAUGGACACCCAUCUUCUUCGUCGCCGGUCUCAGCCUCCACUUCCUAGCCGAUCACAGCAAAUAUCUGUUUCGGAAAGAUGCGAAGAACAGAGGUAAAGUGUACACGGGAGGUGUCUGGGGCCUGGUCCGACAUCCCAACUUCCUCGGAUUCACGAUUUGGAGGACAGCGUUUGCGACUGCGGCCGGCGGGUGGGGUUUUGGGUUGUUGGCGUUGGCUAUGUUUGCUUAUAUCCUAUGUGGCACGUCUGUGCGCGUCCUCGAGGGGUAUAUGGACCGAGCUUAUGGGAAGGAGUGGAAGAGGGCGACGGAGAAGGUGAGGUGGAAGAUGGUUCCUGGCAUUUGGUGA